GAGCUGCUCUCCAAAGCUUUAUCUCCAUGCCUCCGGAACUGUCGUCCGUCUGGGCUACCCUACAACAGCGAGGACAAAACAACUAUAUACAUUUACAUACUACUUUGUUUUAAUACCGCAACUUCCGAUCGCUCUGGCAUCAACCUAGGAGGUUAGAGUCGCUCUGGCAUCAACCUAGGAGGUUAGAGUCAAGUCGGCUUGACCAUCAGCGUCAUUAUCCACCUCAUUUAUACAGACGUUUUGAAGACAUACUUAUUGGUUGUUGCAGUGAAAUAAUGGCACCUUGACCUCGUCCAGUCCUAUUCAGUGUUUUGGAGAGAAAAAAAGGCAACGCACGUUUUGUUCGUCACCAGUGUCCCAUCAAUAGGAGAGAGAGAGAGAGAGAGAGAGAGAGAGCGGUGAGAUUCAGCGCUGACUUGGUGGAUGUGUUAAAGCAUGAAUAACAUGGGACCUCCGAUGAGGCAAGCCAAUGGGGUGGCCAGAUCUGACAGCAAGAUGGGCGCCAAGGCUCUAUACGAGCAACGGAAGAUAUACUCCAAUGUCAUAAUGCAGGAGACGUCUCAGUAUCAUGUGGAGCACCUGUCCACCUUCAUGAUGGACAAGACAGAGUCCAUUGCCACAGUGGACGAUGCCAUUAAGAAGCUGGUGCUGCUGGACUCUAAAGAGAAGAUCUGGACCCAGGAGAUGUUGCUUCAGGUCAACGACAAGGCUGUACGGCUACUGGAUGUUGAUACACAGGAAGAGUUGGAGAACUUCCCCCUGCCUACGGUCCACCACUGCCAGACAGUGUUGAAUCAGACCAGGUAUCCAUCUGUCCUACUGCUGGUGUGUCAAGACACUGAACAGCACAGACCUGACAUACACUUCUUCCACUGUGACGAGGUCGAGGCAGAGAUGGUCCAUGCAGACAUCGACAGUGCCCUGGGUGACAACAAACAUGGGAAGAAGAUGCGACCACAGACCUUGAAGGUGAACCAGGAGAGGAUGAAGCGCCACAGAGAGACUAUCAUCCCCCCCUCCUCGGCCCCUAAGGGCCCGACCCCAGGAGGCCGUGUGGCUGCCAUGAACAUGCAGGACGUGGAAAGACGAGGCUCCGCACAGCAGGACCCAGAGUCCCAUGAAAAGCUGGCCCAGCGUAUUGAGAAGGACGUGCAAAUCCUGAACUGUUCCCUGGAUGACAUUGAGGUCUUUGUGGCUCGGCUGCAGAAGGCUGCGGAGGCGUUCUCUCAGCUCAACCAGCGCAACAAGAGUAAGAAGAGUAAGAAGAAAGGCCCAGCAGACGGCAUGCUGACCCUGAGAGCGAAGCCCCCCUCCGAGGCAGAGUUCAUUGAUAGCCUACAGAAACUGAAGUUGGCCUUCAACCUGCUGGCCAAACUUAAGAAGCACAUCCAGAACCCCAGUGCUUCUGAGCUGGUGCACUUCCUGUUUGGCCCCCUGGAGUUGGUUCUCCAGUCCUGUGGUAGUCCAGAGCUACCCCGCUCGGUGGUCUCCCCUCACCUGUCGAGAGAUGCAGUAGACUUCCUGAGAGGUCACCUGACGCCUAAAGAGAUGACCAUCUUUGAACUGCUGGGAGACGGGUGGACACGACCUAGAGCGGACUGGCUGCGGGACCACUGUGCUCCUACAUACUUCCCUAAAUUCAGGAAUGGGUGGGAGCCCCCAGCUGAGCUGUUCAGGACCUCCCCGUGGGAGACAGAGGGAUCAGGGGAACCUCCCAGGUCCCCCAUAUCCAACCUCCUGUCCCCCUACAAGUCAGACGAGAUGUUUGGAACCCAGUCUUUAAACUCAUCGAAUGGGUCCAACAAUGGGCUGACCUCCUCGUCCCGUAAAUAUGCCAAGAUCCGCUACCACUUUGUGGCCCGCAAUGCCAACGAACUGUCAGUACUGCAGGACGAGGUGCUGGAGGUGAUAGAGGACGAUAAACAGUGGUGGAAACUGAGGAACAGGAGUGGCCAAUCAGGAUACGUCCCCUACAACGUCCUGGAUGUGGUCAAACUAGAGGAACCACACGGCAUGGCUGAACCUCUCUAUAGCCAGCCCUACAGCCCUACCUCUCCCUCCAGCUCUCUAGGUAGAGGGGAGAGCUUUGACAUGGGCCGCUUCAAAGAAUCUCGGACACACCAGAUGGAUGAGGUGAAUGAUGAGUUGUUGAAGAGGAUCACUACUAAUAAGUCCAAUCCUCCGGGCCGUAACUUCAGGGUAGAGCGCCCCUCAGACAGCAGCUCCUCUCCUCCUCUCACCUUAGACUCCAGCCCACCGCAGGUCACCGCCUGGCUCAAUGCCAAGGGAUUCUCUAAACCGACGGUGGAGUGCCUGGGGAACCUUACGGGCGCUCAGCUCUUCUCUCUGAACAAGGAGGAACUGAAGGCAGUGUGUGGAGACGAGGGAGCCAGGGUGUACAGCCAGACCACCGUGCAGAAAGCCCAGCUAGAGAAGAACAAUGGGAAUUCAGAGCUCCAAGAGAUUAUGAGACGACGACAAGAGAAGAUCGAUGCCGGCAUGGACUAAUCUGAGCAUGCUCAAUGACUGUCAACCAAUCACAGCUCAGCAUGGCUGGUCACCAUAACAACCCUCUCCAGUAGCAACCAACCAGAAGCCUUCCCCUCGCACAGUGCCCACCCUUUCACCAACUUCUUUUUAUCAGACAAUCGACAGUUAACAUUGGCAUUUCAUAUAAAUGUUAUAUACAUUUUUUUAAUUUACAUAUUUAUUUUUCAUCUUAGUGAAUGUGUAUGUUUACCUUUUUCUUCAAUGUAAGUAUGUCUAGUAAUUAUGACUAUUGCUUUUUGAUGCUUUGCCUGACAAUGUUUCUAUCUUUGUAUAGUGGUGAGGGACCAUAUUAAUUUACAGGUAUAGUGGUGAGGGACCAUAUUAAUUUACAGGUAUAGUGGUGAGAGAGAUAGUUUGUGCAUCUGUGUGUGUGUGUGUGUGUGAGUGCGUAUGUGACUGACGGCUGCUGUAUGUGACUGACGGCUGUAUGUGACUGACGGCUGUAUGUGAUUGACGGCUGCUGUAUGUGAUUGACGGCUGUAUGUGAUUGACGGCUGUAUGUGACUGAUGGCUGUAUGUGACUGACGGCUGUAUGUGAUGACGGCUGUAUGUGAUGACGGCUGUAUGUGAUGACGGCUGUAUGUGAUUGACGGCUGUAUGUGAUUGACGGCUGUAUGUGACUGACGGCUGUAUGUGAUUGACGGCUGUAUGUGAUUGACGGCUGUAUGUGAUUACGGCUGUAUGUGAUUGACGGCUGUAUGUGAUUGACGGCUGCUGUAUGUGAUUGACGGCUGUAUGUGAUGAAGGCUGUAUGUGACUGACGGCUGUAUGUGAUGACGGCUGUAUGUGAUGACGGCUGUAUGUGAUGACGGCUGUAUGUGAUUGACGGCUGUAUGUGAUGACGGCUGUAUGUGAUUGACGGCUGUAUGUGAUUACGGCUGUAUGUGAUUGACGGCUGUAUGUGACUGAUGGCUGUAUGUGACUGACGGCUGUAUGUGAUGACGGCUGUAUGUGAUGACGGCUGUAUGUGAUGACGGCUGUAUGUGAUUGACGGCUGUAUGUGAUUACGGCUGUAUGUGAUUGACGGCUGUAUGUGAUUGACGGCUGCUGUAUGUGAUUGACGGCUGUAUGUGAUGAAGGCUGUAUGUGACUGACGGCUGCUGUAUGUGAUGACUGCUGUAUGUGAUUGACGGCUGUAUGUGAUGACGGCUGUAUGUGAUUGACGGCUGUAUGUGAUUGACGGCUGUAUGUGAUGGCUGCUGUA